AUGAUUUCAUCAAAUAGCAUAUCCAGAGUUUAUGCCGAAGUGUUAGCCUCGAAGCCACAGUCGUACUGGGAUUAUGAUGAUCUCAACAUUAAAUGGAAUCCCCAAGAAAAUUACGAAAUUAUCAAAAAGUUGGGAAGGGGUAAAUAUUCAGAAGUAUUUUUGGGAAUAGAUCUUGUAAAGGGAGAGAAGGUGGUUAUCAAAGUCUUGAAGCCAGUCAAGAGAAAAAAAAUCAAAAGAGAAAUUUCAAUUUUGAAAAACUUGGUUGACGGCCCCAAUGUGGUGGCAUUGUUGGAUGUUGUGAGAGAGCCACAACUGAAAACACCGGGACUAAUCUUUGAAAAUAUCAACAACAUAGAUUUCCGGACGUUGUAUCCCACAUUCACCGAUUAUGACAUCAGAUUCUACAUGUUCGAACUAUUAAAGGCAUUGGACUAUUCUCAUUCAAUGGGAAUUAUGCACAGAGAUGUCAAACCACACAAUGUUAUGAUUGAUCAUGAGCAAAAAAAAUUGCGAUUAAUCGAUUGGGGUUUGGCGGAAUAUUAUCAUCCAGGGACGGAAUACAAUGUUAGAGUGGCAUCACGUUACUUUAAGGGCCCUGAAUUGCUAGUUGACUACAGGUUGUAUGACUACUCGCUAGAUCUUUGGUCAUUUGGAUGCAUGUUGGCAUCAAUGGUAUUCAUGAAGGAGCCCUUUUUCCAUGGCAAAUCAAAUACUGAUCAGUUGGUACAGAUUGUUCGUGUUUUGGGAUCCAGCAACUUAAACAAGUACUUGGACAAGUACAACUUGACUUUGGGAGAUGAAUAUGAAGAUAUUGGGUUUUACAACAGGAGACCCUGGGAACGCUUUAUUAAUGAAAACAACCAACAUCUUGUUUCCAACGAAUUUUUGGAUAUCAUUGACAAGUUGUUGAGGUAUGAUCAUCAAGAAAGAUUGACUGCUAAAGAAGCUAUGCAACACCCCUAUUUUGACCCAGUGAGAAGUGUUUCCCAACUGUAA